AUGCACAUUAUUGAUUCAGUAGAUGUCAACAAAUAAUCAGACACGACGGGAAUAAUAUAAAAAACGCCUGUGGCAAUACGCAGAGAUACAAAUGGUGGAUAAGUGAGCGGUUAAAUUGCUGUAAAUUGCUCAUAGGACAAACCACCGCUAGUGAAUGAGAAUGAGUAUACAUAUUGUGUUUUGAAUGGCUUGAAGUGUCUAUUUAGAAGUUUUGCAAAAUGGAAAAUAUUGAGAACAUGAUAAAGUUAUUGCAUAUGAGAGAGAUAGUCUGUGAAAAACAGUUUGCAGAAAAGGAGAAAAAGCAGAUUGAAGAAUAUAAUAAUCUAAUGAAGACAUUACAAACCAUAAAGGAUGAGAGAAAUGAGUGUAAGCAAACUGUUAGUAAAGAUCUUCAACGUAUAACAACAUAUAAGCACUCAAUAUAUAAUUUAUGUAUAAACAAUUCUGAAAAUCCUCCAGCAUUACCGAUUUCACACGAACAUCAUCGACAAACAAUAAGCUUUUUGUCAGAAACAAUUGACUUUAUAAAUGGAAUACAAAAUAUUUAUAGAGAUUAUGAUAAUACCAUUAAUAAGAAUAUAAAUUCUAUAGAUGUCAUUAAUAAAAUUAUAUCUUGUAAUAAUUCUGUAGGAAAUGAAAUAUUUAGAACGAAAUCUUUAAUGAGUGCAAUAAAAACCUUGCAAUGCAAUAUAAGCAUGAUGCAAGAAUAUUAAUUUUUUAUGCAUGACCAGAUUUGGAUCUACAAUUUUCUGCAAGAAAAAGUAUAAAGAAAGGG